CUCUGUAUGCGAUAUAUCGUCCGAAAGAGUGAAAAAAUAAUAUUUUGUACUUAGUAAAUAAAUAUUAUAAAAUAUCCUAAUUAGUUAAAAACUAAUAUUAACACAGUAACUCAUAGCUUUUAGUAAUUCAUUUUAAUUACGUAAACCAAUCAAUUUUAUUGAAAAAAAUUUCUUCGUUAAAAACUAUGAGUGGACGAGGUAGAAAGACGCAACCUACUAGUCAACGUUUAAAUAAAAAUCGUUCCUCUCUAGGAGGAGCUAGCCGAAGUUCUGCUUCAUCGAAGAACCAAAACGCAAGUAAAAAUCUUCGUUUUGGUUUUUCUGACUCUUUUAGUAAAAAAAAUCCUGUAAAAAUGGAAGUCGAAGAAUUAAAACAGGAGGUUUAUGACUUAAAAAAACUCACUCAAGAAAAUAAUUAUAUACUACUACAAUCCAAAGUUGAUAAACUCGAACUAGAAAAUAAGCGAUUACGAUACAAUAAUUCUAAACGAAGUAAAUUUCCAGUUGACGAUGAUGAGGACGAUUGGGAUUUAGAAGAUGAAGAUGAUUCAAUUCGACCAGCUAAACGGCAAAUGAGAAAUAAAUUAUCUGAUGAAGAAAGGGCAAAGGUCUUAAUGAAGACGCUUCUUAAAACUUUUCCUGAGCUUGAACUUAAGGAACAUGAAACUUUUAAAAGCGAAGCGAAUGUUGAAAUUUGUCGAAAGUUAAUACCUAAACUUCAAAAAGAAAUGAAGGCGUACAGUCCUUCUUACGAGCAAGUGGAAACUUGGUUACAAUCUAUUCACAGGUCCAAAAGAAAUGCCUACUUGAAAUCAAAUCAAUCAAAUCACACUGGAUUUGAUUUUUUCUUUCCCGGUUUGGUAGGUUCUUAUCCAGAGUCUAAUCGUUCCAAUCAAUCAACAGCUAAACGGCAAACAAAACCUAAAGGAAGUAAGGCAAAUAAUAUUUUCGAAGAUGAGGUUGAAGAAGGAGCAAAGUCUUUAAUGAAAGCACUUCUUAAAACGUAUCCAUAUGAUCUUACCCUUAGGAUUGAAGAUACUUUUAGAAGCCAAAUUAAUACGAAUGUUUGUGAAAGGUUAAUACCUAAGCUUCAAGAAGAUGUUAGGCCAGCGUACAAUCUUUCUUAUGAUCAAGUAGAGUCCUGGUUACAAACUUUCCACAAAAACAAAAGGACCGCCUACUUGAAAUCAGAUUUCAUGACGGUCGAUUACUAUUAAAUUGCCUAUUCUAAAUAUUUAUUCCGGCCUCAAAUGAGGAUUUUCAAAUUCAUAAGAAACUAAAGGCGUGAAAGACAUGAUAUUUGUACUCCUGUAACGAUCAGCGUAAUGGUGAAUUUUGCAAAUUUACUUAAGAGUCAUAGAAAAGCUUACAGUCAAC